UUAAAAUAACGCCAUUGGGAUUCCCCUUCUUCAAAAGUUGUGGCUUGGCGUCGUUGUCAGGCCGGUGGAAAGGAUACUGGGGGCUUGGGACAUUGGCACACGAAUCAACUGUACUUGUCAUUCAUUAAAUUCUACAACAUGCUAAAACAAUUUACGUUUUUAGGAGUCCUUUGGAUUGUCUUAUGGUCUGCUUGCAUCUCAGCUGCAGCAGCUAGUGAUGAGACACCUGAAGCGGUUAGUGUGGAAGAAAGCAUUGGAAAAUCACAAGAUGGUUCAAGAACAGAUGAUGAAGUGGUUAAAAGAGAGGAGGAAGCAAUUAAGCUUGAUGGUUUAAAUGUUGCUCAAAUGAAAGAACUACGAGAUAAAGCAGAAAAACAUGCAUUCCAGGCUGAAGUAAAUCGAAUGAUGAAGCUUAUUGUAAACUCUUUAUAUAAAAAUAAGGAGAUCUUUCUUCGAGAACUUAUCUCUAAUGCAUCUGAUGCAUUGGAUAAAAUAAGAUUCCUGGCUGUUACUGAUCAGAAUGCACUUGCAGCCACUGAAGAACUGAGCAUAAAGAUAAAGGCUGAUAAAGAAAAUCACAUACUUCAUAUAACAGACACUGGCAUUGGAAUGACUAAAAGUGAUUUAGUCAACAAUUUAGGAACUAUUGCCAAAUCUGGUACAAGUGAAUUUCUGAAAAAGCUAGAUACAUCUGGAAGUACAGAAAUGAGUGAUUUGAUUGGUCAAUUUGGUGUUGGUUUCUAUUCAACUUUCCUUGUUGCCGACAAAGUAAUGGUUACUUCCAAGCAUAAUGACGAUGACCAAUAUAUUUGGGAAUCUGAUUCAGACUCUUUCCAAGUAUCAAAAGAUCCACGUGGCACUACUCUUGCUCGAGGAACUACUAUUAGCUUGCAUCUGAAAGAAGAAGCUCAUGAUUAUCUUGAAGAAAAUACAUUGAAAGACCUAAUUAAGAAAUACAGCCAGUUCAUCAAUUUCAACAUUUACCUUUGGACCAGCAAGACAGAGAAAGUUGAAGAACCAGUUGAAGAUGAAGAGGAGAAGCCAGCUGAAGAAAAAGAGGAAGAUGAAGAAGAGGAGGGUAAAGUUGAAGAAGAAAAGGAAGAAAAACCAAAAACAAAAACUGUUGAAAAAACUACAUGGGACUGGGAAUUACUAAAUAGUGUAAAACCCAUCUGGACUAGAAAACCCAAUGAAAUAACUGAUGAUGAAUAUAAUGCCUUUUACAAGUCUAUUAGCUCUGAUUUCACUCCACCCAUGGCUAAAAUUCAUUUCACUGCAGAAGGUGAAGUCACAUUUAAAUCCAUCUUAUAUGUGCCCAAAGUUUCUCCAAGUGAUACUUUCAACAAUUAUGGAAAGAAAGCUGACCGUAUUAAGAUGUAUGUUCGUCGAGUUUUCAUUACUGAUGAUUUUGAAGAUAUGAUGCCAAAAUACUUAAACUUUGUCUCAGGAGUGGUCGACUCAGAUGAUCUCCCAUUGAAUGUAUCACGAGAAACAUUACAACAGCAUAAACUUCUUAAAGUCAUCAAAAAAAAACUUGUUCGUAAGACAUUGGACAUGAUUAAGAAAAUUGACAAAGAAGAAUUUGCAAGCUUCUGGAAAGAGUACAGCACAAACAUCAAGCUUGGAGUGAUUGAAGAUCCAUCUAACAGGACUAGACUUGCUAAACUUCUACGAUUUUAUUCUUCCAAUUCUGAAACUGAACAAACAAGUUUAGCUGAAUAUGUGGAAAGAAUGAAAGAAAAACAAACAGCUAUUUAUUUUGUGGCUGGAACAUCACAGAAGGAGGUGAAAAAUUCACCUUUUGUGGAGCGACUACUUAAGAAAGGUUAUGAAGUACUCUAUCUAAUAGAGCCUGUUGAUGAAUACUGCAUUCAAGCUUUACCAGAAUUUGAAGGCAAAAAAUUCCAAAACGUUGCCAAAGAAGGUUUAUCUCUUUCUGAUUCUGAAAAUGCUAAGGAAAAGAAAGAAAGUUUAGAAAAAGAAUAUGAACCCCUACUGAAAUGGUUGAAAGAUGAUGCAUUGAGCAAUCAGAUUGAAAAAGCUACAGUUUCUGAAAGAUUGUCUUCCUCCCCGUGUGCCUUGAUUGCUAGUCAAUAUGGUUGGUCUGGCAACAUGGAAAGAAUUAUGAGAGCCCAAGCCUAUGCCAAAGCUAAAGAUUCAUCACAGGACUAUUUUGCUAACCAGAAAAGAACACUUGAAAUAAAUCCCAGACACAAGCUUAUCAAAAUGUUGAAAGAAAAAGUUGAGAGUAAUAAAGAUGAUCCAACAGCCAAAGAUCUAGCUGUCAUACUUUUUGAAACAGCAACUAUGAGAUCAGGUUAUUUAGUUCCUGAUACUGCUGGUUUUGCUGGUAGAGUAGAGAGAAUGCUUCGAUUGAGUUUGAAUAUUGACGGUGAAGAUAUGGUUGAGGAAGAACCUGAAGAACAAGAGGAGCAAGUAGAACAGGAAGAAAAGGUUGAUGCUGAUGCAAGUGAAACAGAUGAAAAGGAAGAAAAAGUCUGCACAUUUUGUAAAAGAAAAAUACUUUCGAUUGAUGCGAAAACCAGCUCUGCAAAACUGAAGAAGGACAGUGGUGGACACGGUAUCCCUAAUCACCUAAAGAGAGACAGUGAUGGUGACGGUAUCCCAGAUUACAAGGAAGAUGCUGAUGGUGAUGGUAUCCCAGAUUAUCUUGAUGAUGAUGAUGAUGGUGAUGGUAUCCCUGACCACCUAGAGGGAGACAGUGAUGGUGAUGGUAUUCCAGAUUAUAAGGAAGAUGCUGAUGGUGAUGGCAUUCCAGAUUAUCUCGACGAUGAUGAUGAUGGUGAUGGUAUCCCUGACAACCUAGAGGGAGACAGUGAUGGUGAUGGUAUCCCAGAUUACAAGGAAGAUGCUGAUGGUGAUGGUAUCCCAGAUUAUCUCGACAAUGAUGAUGAUGGCGAUGGUAUCCCUGACCAUUUAGAAGGGGACAGUGAUGGUGAUGGGAUCCCAGAUUACAAGGAAGAUGCUGAUGGUGAUGGUAUCCCAGAUUAUCUGGAUGAUGACGAUGAUGGUGAUGGCAUCCCUGACCACCUUGAGGGAGAUAGUGACGGUGAUGGUAUACCAGAUUACAAGGAAGACGCUGAUGGUGAUGGUAUCCCAGACCAUCUCGAUGAUGACGAUGAUGGUGAUGGAAUCCCUGACCACCUAGAAGGAGACAGUGAUGGUGAUGGUAUCCCAGAUUACAAGGAGGAUGCUGAUGGUGAUGGUAUCCCAGAUUAUCUUGAUGAUGAUGAUGAUGGUGAUGGUAUUCCUGACCACCUAGAAGGAGACAGUGAUGGUGAUGGAAUCCCAGAUUACAAGGAAGACGCUGAUGGUGAUGGUAUCCCAGACCAUCUCGAUGAUGACGAUGAUGGUGAUGGUAUCCCUGACCACCUAGAAGGAGACAAUUAUAAGGAAGAUGCUGAUGGCGAUGGUAUCCCUGAUCAUCUGGAUGAUGAUGAUGAUGGUGAUGGUAUACCGGACCACCUCGAGGGAGAUAGUGAUGGUGAUGGUAUUCCCGAUUACAAGGAAGAUGCUGAUGGUGAUGGUAUCCCAGAUCAUCUUGAUAAUGAUGAUGAUGGUGAUGGUAUUCCUGACCACUUAGAGGGAGACAGUGACGGUGAUGGUAUUCCAGAUUAUAAGGAAGAUGCUGAUGGUGAUGGUAUCCCCGAUUAUCUGGAUGAUGAUGAUGAUGGUGAUGGUAUCCCGGACCACCUCGAGGGAGAUAGUGAUGGUGAUGGUAUUCCCGAUUACAAGGAAGAUGCUGAUGGUGAUGGUAUCCCAGAUCAUCUCGAUAAUGAUGAUGAUGGUGAUGGUAUUCCUGACCACUUAGAGGGAGACAGUGAUGGUGAUGGUAUUCCAGAUUACAAGGAAGACGCUGAUGGUGAUGGUAUCCCAGAUUAUCUUGAUGAUGACGAUGAUGGUGAUGGUAUCCCUGACCACCUUGAGGGAGACAGUGAUGGUGAUGGCAUCCCAGAUUACAAGGAAGAUGCAGAUGGUGAUGGUAUCCCAGAUUAUCUUGAUGACGAUGAUGAUGGUGAUGGCAUUCCUGAUCACCUAGAGGGAGACAGUGAUGGUGAUGGUAUCCCGGACUAUAAAGAAGAUGCUGAUGGCGAUGGUAUCCCAGAUUAUCUUGAUGACGAUGAUGAUGGUGAUGGUAUACCUGAUCACCUCGAGGGAGACAGUGAUGGUGAUGGUAUCCCAGAUUAUAAGGAAGAUGCUGAUGGUGAUGGUAUCCCAGAUUAUCUGGAUAAUGAUGAUGAUGGUGAUGGUAUCCCAGACCACCUCGAGGGAGACAAUGCUGAUGGUGAUGGUAUCCCAGAUUAUCUGGAUAAUGAUGAUGAUGGUGAUGGUAUCCCUGACCACCUCGAGGGAGACAGUGACGGUGAUGGUAUUCCAGAUUACAAGGAAGAUGCUGAUGGUGACGGUAUACCAGAUUAUCUCGAUGAUGAUGAUGAUGGUGAUGGCAUUCCAGACCAUCUUGAGGGCGACAGCGAUGGUGACGGUAUCCCUGACUAUAAGGAAGAUGCUGAUGGUGAUGGUAUUCCAGAUUAUCUUGACGAUGAUGAUGAUGGUGAUGGUAUCCCUGAUCACCUCGAGGGAGACAGUGAUGGUGAUGGUAUCCCGGACUAUAAAGAAGAUGCUGAUGGUGAUGGUAUCCCAGAUUAUCUUGACGAUGAUGAUGAUGGAGAUGGUAUUCCUGACCAUUUGGAAGAUGCUGAUGGUGAUGGUAUCCCAGAUCAUCUCGAUAAUGAUGAUGAUGGUGAUGGUAUCCCUGACCACCUUGAGGGAGACAGCGAUGGUGAUGGAAUCCCAGAUUACAAGGAAGAUGCUGAUGGUGAUGGUAUCCCAGAUUAUCUGGAUGAUGAUGAUGAUGGUGAUGGUAUCCCUGACCACCUCGAGGGAGACAGUGAUGGUGAUGGUAUUCCGGACUAUAAAGAAGAUGCUGAUGGUGAUGGUAUCCCAGAUUAUCUCGAUGAUGAUGAUGAUGGUGAUGGCAUCCCUGACCACCUCGAGGGAGACAGUGAUGGUGAUGGAAUCCCAGAUUACAAGGAAGAUGCUGAUGGUGAUGGUAUCCCAGAUUAUCUGGAUGAUGAUGAUGAUGGUGAUGGUAUCCCUGACCACCUAGAGGGAGAUAGUGAUGGUGAUGGUAUUCCAGAUUACAAGGAAGAUGCUGAUGGUGAUGGUAUCCCAGAUCAUCUCGAUAAUGAUGAUGAUGGUGAUGGUAUCCCUGAUCACCUCGAGGGAGACAGUGAUGGUGAUGGUAUCCCAGAUUACAAGGAAGAUGCUGAUGGUGAUGGUAUCCCCGAUUAUCUUGACGAUGAUGAUGAUGGUGAUGGUAUCCCUGACCACCUUGAGGGAGACAGUGAUGGUGAUGGAAUCCCAGAUUACAAGGAAGACGCUGAUGGUGAUGGUAUCCCAGAUUAUCUGGAUGAUGAUGAUGAUGGUGAUGGAAUCCCUGACCACCUCGAGGGAGACAGUGAUGGUGAUGGCAUCCCAGAUUACAAGGAAGAUGCUGAUGGUGAUGGUAUCCCAGAUUAUCUUGAUGAUGAUGAUGAUGGUGAUGGUAUCCCUGACCACCUAGAGGGAGAUAGUGACGGUGAUGGAAUUCCAGAUUACAAGGAAGAUGCUGAUGGUGAUGGCAUCCCAGAUCAUCUUGAUAAUGAUGAUGAUGGUGAUGGCAUACCUGACCACCUCGAGGGAGACAGUGAUGGUGAUGGAAUCCCAGAUUACAAGGAAGAUGCUGAUGGUGAUGGUAUUCCAGAUUAUCUGGAUGAUGAUGAUGAUGGUGAUGGUAUCCCUGACCAUUUAGAAAUAGACAGUGAUGGUGAUGGUAUUCCAGACAAGCUAGAUACAGAUAUUAAUGCUGAUGGUAAAAUUCUGCCAUCGUCACGAAGUAAAGAUACAGAUGGUGAUGGUAUCCCAGACUAUCUCGAUGAUGAUGCAAAUGGAAACAAUAUACCUGAUAAAUUAGAAGUUGACUCAGAUGGUAAUGGAAUAUUGGAUUAUAAAGAAGAUACAGAUGGUGAUGGCAUACCAGAUUAUCUAGACUGUGAUGCGAAUGGUAAUGGUAUACCGGAUAAGUUAGAAAAAGACAGAAAAGGCAAUAAAAUCAUGGAUUACAAAAAGGAUACAGAUGGAGAUGGUAUACCAGAUUAUCUCGAUGAUGAUGAUGAUGGUGAUGGUAUUCCUGAUCACUUAGAAGGAGAUAGUGAUGGCGAUGGUAUCCCAGAUUACAAGGAAGAUGCUGAUGGUGACGGCAUCCCAGACUAUCUUGACGAUGAUGAUGAUGGUGAUGGUAUCCCUGACCACCUUGAGGGAGACAGUGAUGGUGAUGGUAUUCCAGAUUACAAGGAAGAUGCUGAUGGUGAUGGCAUCCCAGAUUAUCUUGACAAUGAUGAUGAUGGUGAUGGUAUUCCUGACCACCUCGAGGGAGAUAGUGAUGGUGAUGGCAUUCCAGAUUACAAGGAAGAUGCUGAUGGUGAUGGCAUUCCAGAUUAUCUCGACGAUGAUGAUGAUGGUGAUGGUAUCCCUGAUCACUUAGAAGGAGACAGUGAUGGUGAUGGUAUCCCAGAUUACAAGGAAGAUGCUGAUGGUGAUGGUAUUCCAGAUUAUCUUGACGAUGAUGAUGAUGGUGAUGGUAUCCCUGACCACCUUGAGGGAGACAGUGAUGGUGAUGGAAUUCCAGAUUACAAGGAAGAUGCCGAUGGUGAUGGUAUCCCAGAUUAUCUUGACGAUGAUGAUGAUGGUGAUGGUAUCCCUGAUCACUUAGAAGGAGACAGUGAUGGUGACGGUAUCCCAGACUACAAGGAAGAUGCUGAUGGUGAUGGUAUCCCAGAUUAUCUUGACGAUGAUGAUGAUGGUGAUGGUAUCCCUGACCACCUUGAGGGAGACAGUGAUGGUGAUGGUAUCCCAGAUUACAAGGAAGAUGCUGAUGGUGAUGGUAUCCCAGAUUAUCUUGACGAUGAUGAUGAUGGUGAUGGUAUCCCUGACCACCUUGAGGGAGACAGUGAUGGUGAUGGUAUCCCGGACUAUAAAGAAGAUGCUGAUGGUGAUGGUAUCCCAGAUUAUCUGGAUGAUGAUGAUGAUGGUGAUGGUAUCCCUGAUCACUUAGAAGGAGACAGUGAUGGUGACGGUAUCCCAGACUACAAGGAAGAUGCUGAUGGUGAUGGUAUCCCAGAUUAUCUUGACGAUGAUGAUGAUGGUGAUGGUAUCCCUGACCACCUAGAGGGAGACAGUGAUGGUGAUGGUAUUCCAGAUUAUAAGGAAGAUGCUGAUGGUGAUGGUAUCCCAGAUUAUCUUGACGAUGAUGAUGACGGUGAUGGUAUCCCUGACCACCUCGAGGGAGAUAGUGAUGGUGAUGGUAUCCCAGACUACAAGGAAGAUGCUGAUGGUGAUGGUAUCCCCGAUUAUCUUGACGAUGAUGAUGAUGGUGAUGGUAUCCCUGACCACCUAGAGGGAGACAGUGAUGGUGAUGGUAUUCCAGAUUAUAAGGAAGAUGCUGAUGGUGAUGGCAUCCCAGAUUAUCUUGACGAUGAUGAUGAUGGUGAUGGUAUCCCUGACCACCUCGAGGGAGAUAGUGAUGGUGAUGGUAUCCCAGAUUACAAGGAAGAUGCCGAUGGUGAUGGUAUCCCAGAUUAUCUGGAUGAUGAUGAUGAUGGUGAUGGUAUCCCUGAUCACUUAGAAGGAGACAGUGAUGGUGAUGGUAUCCCAGAUUACAAGGAAGAUGCUGAUGGUGAUGGUAUCCGAGACAGUGAUGGUGAUGGUAUCCCAGAUUACAAGGAAGAUGCUGAUGGCGAUGGUAUCCCUGAUCAUCUGGAUGAUGAUGAUGAUGGUGAUGGUAUCCCUGACCACCUAGAAGGGGACAGUGAUGGUGAUGGUAUCCCAGAUUACAAGGAAGAUGCUGAUGGCGAUGGUAUCCCAGAUUACUUGGACGAUGAUGAUGAUGGUGAUGGAAUCCCUGACCAUCUUGAGGGAGACAGUGAUGGUGAUGGUAUCCCAGAUUACAAGGAAGAUGCCGAUGGUGAUGACUACAAGGAAGAUGCUGAUGGUGAUGGUAUUCCUGAUUAUCUGGAUGAUGAUGAUGAUGGUGAUGGUAUCCCUGAUCAUUUAGAAGGAGACAGUGAUGGUGAUGGUAUCCCAGAUUACAAGGAAGAUGCUGAUGGUGAUGGUAUUCCAGAUUAUCUUGAUGAUGAUGAUGAUGGUGAUGGAAUCCCUGACCAUCUUGAGGGAGACAGUGAUGGUGAUGGUAUCCCAGAUUACAAGGAGGAUGCUGAUGGUGAUGGUAUCCCAGAUCAUCUUGAUGAUGAUGAUGAUGGUGAUGGUAUCCCUGACCACCUUGAAGGGGACAGUGAUGGUGAUGGUAUCCCUGAUUACAAGGAAGAUGCUGAUGGUGAUGGUAUCCCAGAUUAUCUGGAUGAUGAUGAUGAUGGUGAUGGUAUUCCAGACCACCUUGAAGGGGACAGUGAUGGUGAUGGUAUCCCAGACUACAAGGAGGAUGCUGAUGGUGAUGGCAUCCCAGAUUAUCUUGACAAUGAUGAUGAUGGUGAUGGUAUCCCUGACCAUCUUGAGGGAGACAGUGAUGGUGAUGGUAUCCCAGACUACAAGGAAGAUACUGAUGGUGAUGGUAUCCCUGAUCACUUAGAAGGAGAUACUGAUGGCGAUGGUAUCCCUGACCACAAAGAAGAUGCCGAUGGUGAUGGUAUCCCAGAUUAUCUUGAUGAUGAUGAUGAUGGUGAUGGUAUCCCAGAUCACUUGGUAUUGGACAGUGAUGGUGAUGGUAUCCCAGAUUAUUUGAAGGACACUGAUGGUGAUGGUAUACCUGAUUAUAUUGAUGAAGAUGAUGACAACGAUGGUAUUCCUGAUACUUUAGAUGAUGAUAAAGAUGGUGAUGGUAUCAUUGAUUUUGCAGACCCUGAUUCAGAUGGUGAUGGUAUUCCCGAUGCCCAAGAAAUUGAUAAUGCUGAUGUAGACUUAGAUACUGACGGUGAUGGCAUUCCAGAUUAUCUUGAUGAUGAUGAUGAUGGUGAUGGUAUCCCUGAUGCUGAUGAAGAGUCUGACGGUGAUGGUGAUGGUAUACCUGACCAUUUAGAUGCCGAUAGUGAUGGGGAUGGUAUCCCUGAUGAUUUGGAAGGAGACUCUGAUGGUGAUGGUAUACCUGACUAUAAAGAAGAUGCUGAUGGCGAUGGUGUCCCUGACUAUUUAGAUGAUGAUGAUGAUGGUGAUGGUAUCCCAGAUAGUGAAGAAGAGGCUAGCACAUGUGAAGGUGAUACUUGUGAGGAUAAAACUGAUGAUGAGCCAGGUCUAAUUUCACAACUAAUGUCAGUGGUAGAGGAGCUAAAGUCAAAGAUGCCUCCAUUAAUUGUACUGGAAGAAGAUGAUGGAAAGGGAAAAGAAGCUGAUAUUUUUGCAGAUGUCAAAGAAAUUGAACAGCAAGAUCAUGAACAGAAGAUUGACUUACUCACAGUUCUUGAGCAUGCUUCAACUCACACAUAUAAACAGUUUAUGGACUAUUUCACUACAUCAGAUGAAAAAGAUCGGUAAAUGAGUUUAAAGCAGAAAUAUCAAGUUUCUAAAAUCAUGAGAUGCAUUUAGUAGCAUCUAUGGUAAAUGGAAUUACCAAAUUUUAUUUCGAUUCCUUGCAAGACAUUUUAACAUCUAGGAAACAUGUGUAAAAUCUCUAUAUGGUUGAUUUCAUUUCGUGAAAUAAGAAAGUGAAAAUCUUUCAAGAAAUCAAAAUUCAUUUUAAAAAGAUCUUGUCAAAUAUAACAACAUGUGGCAGGCAAUUAUAUUUGAAUCUAAUGAUUCAUCUUCAUAUCAAAGAAGGUAUGAAUGAGGAAUCUUUAUAUAAAGAGAAUAGCUAUGUAACAUGCAUAUAUAUAAAUCUGUGUGUGUGUGUGUAUGCUCAUACACACAAUAUAUACACAUAUAAUUAUUUUCGUUUUAUAUAUAUGUAUAUACAUAUGAAUCUCUCUCUCUUUAUAUA